UGGUGCUUUGCCCCAUUAGUAUUUGUUAUAACUAUGAUCCCAGCAUUGGUUUUGUUAACCCAGAUUCUGCAGACCCAGAAGCAAAAUAUCAAAGCAAUGCAUCCUCAUGAUAUAAUUCUGAUUCCAACACUCUCAAUCGGCGUUGACCUCAUGAGUAUUGGUGUCGUCCUAGUCUCCAUCAUGGGCCUCUGUGGUAUUGCCAAAGGGUGCACUCGACUCAUGAAUCUUUACUUUGUGUUGGUGUUGUGCUUCAUUGCCAUUCAAGUUGGCCAUGCUACUAUCAGCUUUAUGUCAGGGUCUCCUUGGGUCGAGGAAACAUUAGAGAAUUCAUGGGAUAAAGCUUACGAUAUGGAUAAGGGUACUAUUUGGGAUCUUCAAAGAGAGUUUCACUGCCAAGGCUUCCGUACACAGGAGGAUCGUGCAGUCAGGAUGAUGUUACAAGAAUCAGAUUCUCACUUGUCGCCAUGUCUUGAGAUUUUACAGAGACACUUUGGCCACCGGCUUCGAGGCCUUAGUCUCUAUAUCCUCUGCAUACGUUUAAUACAAUUCACAGGUGUUUUCUUGUUGUCUAUUCUCUUCAAGUAUCUGACUGUCUUGGAGCAAACUGAGGAGAAUGAACAAAGCCAACAGACAGACGAGGAGUCGCGGUUCUUUAAGAACGAGAAACAAUUUGAGGAUGAGGGCUCGGGAGUUUCCUUGAUGGCAGAGGUGAAUACGGAUGGGGGACUACCACAAUACACAGCUGAGGAUACCUAUGAUGGACAGUACGGAUACCAUGAUUUGCCAGAAUAUGUCGAGGACGAGUACGAGCCUACUGUCUACAUCUUAUAGAACUUAAAAC